GCUACCUUGACCCCUCCUGCUUUUAUUCUUUCCAUUUCUUCCUUUAUCUUGUAUAGCUCCUCCUGCAAACAAUCUCUCUCACUUCUUAUUUCACUAAACGGCACCCAAGGCUGUUUACUAGGCUUCUCUCUGGGUUCUGGCCUUCUAUAACUACCUGUAUUGUUAUAAGAUCUUCCUCUCCAUGACCCAUAGUCCUCUCUAUUUUGCUGUCCCUCGACUCUAAAAACUCUAGCUGCAUCAACCGCAAGACUGUCUUCUCGACACCUUCUCCUCCACAAAUUAUCCGCUCUUAACAAAAUAUCAUUAUAAUCACUAGGAUCAGGUGUAACAGAUAAAAUGCCUUCCCUGACAUCAUCAUCCACUGCUUCCAAUAACAUUGACCUAUGAACCAGACCACCACGUUCAAAACCAGGAUUCCCAGUCAUCACAUAUUCCAUCACACUGCUAAUUCUAUCUGCAAGUUCAUACGGGCAUUCAUACUUCAUUUGCUUAAUUUUUCCUGACAAGGACACAUUUGUUGUCACACCAUACAAUGCUUUCAAUAAUUCCCUUAAAACAUCCUUAGUUUUAUGACGCUGGCCACAAUUUUGCAAGAUCCGUGCCCACAAUCCAUUGCCUACACUUUUCUGCAAAAUUCUAGCUAGGUCCUCCACAUUCAAGUUGUAUGUGUCUCUGACUCUCUGCAAAUCACAAAACCAUUUCAUGAACCUAUUUACAUCAUAGCGGGGUACCUGACCUACCUCUCUUAUAAUAGCUUCCAUCUCCUGUGGCUUUAAUUGUUUUGUGACCAAUUUAAUUUCACUUGUAUCGUCAGUGUUCUAUACAGUUGUUGUAGUGGUAGGAGCUGCUGGUAUGCAAGGGGCUGCAUGUAACUCACCCCAGGGAUAUAUUGGCUUAUAAUCUUUGGUAUCAAGCUGUAUUUUAGAAGUAUCAUUUUGAUGCUUGUAACUUGAUUUUUCUGCCAAUUUAUCAAAAGCAAUGUUCGCAGCAUGUUUACACUCAACAAUUUGUAUUUUCACUGACAAUUCCUCAUUUACCCAACUUAAAUCAUCACAAAAUUUUGCCUUCUCAAUCAGUGCCUCCCCAGUAGUGAUGGCAUGUAACCUGAGAUCUGACAUCCUCUCAUUGAACCCUUUUUCCAUAACCUCAUAGCUCUGAGUAUGUUCUAGGAUUUUCUGCUUUUUCCCUUUAAUCUCUUCUAUUAAUUCUGUACAACAAGACAGUAGUCCCUGAAUAAUGAUACCCUUAAGUUUCUUUUCUUUUGUUUUCUUAUCAAAGACACUAUCAGAUAAAAAACAUUUCAUUAAAUCCCAUGACUGUCUACAUUCUUGGGGAAUUUCAUAAGGCCCCCCAUGACUUUUUAUAUAAUUUAACAGCCAUAUAUUCACAUUCUCUCCUUUAGGGCUAUUGUCACCACCAGACGAAGCCAAAGCCAUUGUAAAAAAAAAAAAUACAAUGAGAGAGAAGAAGAAAAAAAACUAUUUAAAAAAAUAUAAUAAUAAUGAAUAAGGCACACUUACCAAUUGUUAGGUUUCUUGGAACUUCCUUCCUGGGUCCUCACGGUCUUCUGUCACCUCACAGAUUGUGAGAUCCAGUCUCCAGAAAAUAGUUCUAGGCUUUCAAACUUGUUAAAUUUUGUAGAUCAGACUCUUGGUUCUUCAUCAGGAAUUGUUGUCAUCACUGGCUCCUGUUACUAAGUCCUGAAAAUGCGCUUCUGGUCACUUGAACGGCACCAAUGUAGCGAACUCAAACUUUAGUGUAUAGCGAUGUUUCAUACUUAUCAGUACCAUUAUUGUUGAAUUUUACGUCAUUUAACAUUCCAGAGAGUUGCCCAAAAUCAAUGGGAUUAUGGUUUAAAACGGUCUUUCAAACACAUAUAAACAUAUUUUGGGAUGCUACACAAGGGCUUCAUUUUAAGAAGGUCUCAAAGAGGGAUCUGGGUACUGAUAUCAUAUCAGGCCUCAGUUUGGGUAGUUCAAUUUGGAAUAGGGUUGAUAUAGACAGCCUAAAUAUAAGAGGACUACAUUUUGUGGGUGGAUUAGAAAAAACAAGAUGCGCUAUACAAAAAAGAAAAAAAUUCUAAAGGUCAUAACAUAGAUCAGUGUCCAUAGAUGAUCUAAAACGUGAAAAAAGUCCUGAUCCCCAGUGCAGUGAAGAAAAAAGAAGAAACAGUCCAUAAGUGUUGAUCAAAGGCUGUGGUGACGAUCCAAUAGAUAGAAAAACCUCCACCAUAAAUCAAUAUGUCUGCUUACCAGAUAUCCAGCGGUCUCUUAAUUAAAAGAAGACCCCAGAAGGCGUGUGGGUAAACACUAUGGUAGUUGGAAUGUAGAAAGGCUGAAUAUCAUGUACACCUCCGUCUCAAGCCAAUGGAUGGAAAAUUGGGAUCCUGAUUAUCAUGGAAGACACAUAAGGGCCACAAUAGUGUAAUAACGUAGGUAACAUUUAUUAAAAAGAAGAAAAAAACGCACUUACAUAUAAACGGUAUAAAAUAGGCAUGUCAAAUUUGGAGCUCCGGCCGGAAGCCAACCGAAAAGACCCGUCCAAGUAGGUAGGGAAAGGUGCAGUCAACGGGGGGUGAUCCGAUACGACACUCGUUACGCCCGACCGGUUUCGCGAAAACUCGCUUCCUCAUGGGGCACGUAAUUACAGCAGAUACUGCUUAAAGGGGGAAGAGUGGAUUUAAACGCUCUAGCUGAAAUGAAAGUAGAUAUUCAGAACAUUCACACCAUUGCUGCAGAUUUGCAGAACAUUCAAAUGUCGGUGAAUGCACUGAAUAAAACACUUCAAACCAAUAAUGUAUCCAAGUCUAUAGUUUGUGGUAUCAUAGGAAACUUGCUGAGUGAACACCUGAGCCUAGGGCUUAGAGAAAUCAAACAAGGAGACUGGCCAAGGAUAAUGAACCCAACCUUAUUAUUCCAUCUUAUCAAAGACAGUGGUGUUACUUGUAGGAACUUUGCCCUUGCCAAAGUAAGGAGCCUGGAUACUCUUUGCAAUAAAGAUCGCCUUGGAAAGCAAGAAAUACCUCUGACCGUUGACAUCCCUACAUGGUCAACAGCACCCUUACCCGUAUACAAGAUGAUCGUUCUUGGUGAGGUGGAAGUGAGAAAUGGCACUAAUAAACUGAAACAACUGCUACCGCAAAGCAGACUUGUCGUCAAGGACAACCAAGUGUGGAAAACCAUGGAUCCCAACUGCUGUACCAGACGUGCCCAGGCCUGGCUUUGUUCCUGUUCUUUUGAGCGGCUGGAGUACAUAGAUGGCUGUGCUGCUACACACUCUGGAAACUGCAUGGUUCAAUUGCAAAAAUUUGAACCGGCCUGGAAGAGAAUUAUUCAUGGAGAGGACUCGAGGGUCUGUGCAUUAGGGGUUCCCUCAUUCACUUGGCAGAAACAAGUUCAGUGCCGGACACCUAUCACAGGCUGGUGUGUGAACCUCACAGAUGGACUGUUAACAAUUGAAGAGGAAGACAUUCGAGCUAAUAUCCAGAUGAAUCAAGUAUCUAUGGACAUUGAGCAAACUGAUCUUGGCAAAUGGGACUCUAUGAUUUCUCCUUUAUUUAAGAAAAUACCACCACUUACAGUUGAAUUGGAUACAUUAUUUAGGGAUAGUAGGAAAAUUAUAGAAUUACAAGAUCUGGUGAAGGAAAACCUCAUCAGUUCUAAUAAAAUUACUAAGGAAUUUCAGGAGCCUUGGUGGAGCAUACCCAAUAACACUUUUACUCACCCGCUACUGAGAACUCUUUCCAUAAUUUUUGUGUUUAUUCAAUUCGUAUUAAUAUGUUUUUUGUUUGGUUUAUAUUGUUGUGGUAGGAGGCAAUUAAGAAUAAUUCAGAAAAGUAAGGAAAACCUAGAGAUGGCUUCAAUCUUAAGAGCCAGGGAUGUCUGAGCAGUUUGGUUGUGAAUCGAUUCUAAUUUGAACCGAUUCAAGUGGGGGAAUAUGUAGUAGUAUAUGUUGUAAUAUAUGGAUAUAUA